GAAGCACCCCAGUCCGUCUGAUCUGAACCGAGCCGGUGUGUUUAGCAUUAGCAGGUGCGCAGUCGCUUAAACGGCGAAGAGCAGCAGGCGAGUUUCAGCAGACUACAGCCGUUUAUUCCUCUCUCUGAGCGCCUUCAGCCGCUGCACGAAGCCGUAAAGAAGGACUCCACCAGGCUGAGUAUCGUGCAGUUUGCCAGGUUGUCACCGCCACCCCAGUCUCUGACAGUCGAGAUGUUUAACCCACAUCACCACCACCAGCAGCAGCAGCAGUUCCAUCAGCACCUGCGGCAGCUGCAGCAGCUUUUCCAGCAGCAAACCCCGCCUCCUCCUCCGCCCCCUCCGCCGCCUCCUCAGCCUCCACCCAGCCACCACAUCCCGCAUCACCACGCAGGCGGCCGGCCCUUGGCCGUCCCAGCGCCGGCACCGCCUCCCGCCCGUAUGGUCAACCUCUGCUCAGCCACUCAAACUAUCAUCGCCCCGAACCCCAUGCUGCAAGGGGCGUUACUGAUGCAGCAGAUGCAAGGGAACAUGAGGAGCUUUGCCAUGGGUGGUCAGCAGUUCCAGCAGUUUUUCGCUGCAGGCUCGAGGUCCUCCAUCUUGGGCCCUGUUCCGCUUGGGGUUGCCAUUAAAACUCCGCACAUGGGAUUUCCUCCACGACACUUCAACCCUCAUGCUCGCUAUUUCAACAGUGACUUCCAGUCACGACAGCCUGACAGGAAGCAGGAGAACGAACAGAGACCUGCGGGGGGCACAGACAGCCAGCCGGGGGCAAGCAGCAGCCGAGAUGAAGCUGCAGCAGUGGCAGAUGUGAGCAGUCAGUCAUCUACACAGCAGUCAGAUGAGCCAGCUGCAAAGAAACCGAGAACAGAAGGGCCAGAUGAUCCAGUGGAGACAGAAGCUUCCCUGAGUACUGAGUAUGAACGCCCUGCUGAAGAUCCCAACACUGCAGACUGCAUAGUAGAGGAAGACGGGACCGUGGCCGGGUCAGAGGCGGCUGAGGCGGUGGAGCAAAGCAGAGCAGCUGAGCAGGUUGAAGACUCCGAAUCUUUACUCAAAGACACACAGCGGCAGAACAGUCCGGGUCAGUCUGAGCCUGCAGGCUCUGAGACGGUGGCUGAUGGCAAGGAGGACGCUGUCGAGUCAAGUGAUGUCAGUGAGGAGACCAGAGAAACAGGAGGAGAAACCUCCAACAGAUUCUACUGCUACAUCUGCAACAUCACCUGUCACAACCAACAGAAUUUUCAGAGCCAUAUGAAUGGACUGGCCCACCAGCAGAGAAUGAUGGAGAUACAGCACAUGAGUAACGCCUGCCUCGUCACGCUGCUGCCUCGUGUACAGGAGUCUCUGCAAGGGGCUCGCAAGGACGGAGAGAAAAGACCGGGCCUACAGAGGUGGUGCGCCACCUGCCAGACCCACUUCACUACUAAUGUCAUGGACCAUCGCAAGACCAGGGAGCACAAGAUUUGUAGCCGCUCCUCUAACCCCACCUGCACGGUCUGUAAGCAGCAGUUCAGAAUGUCUAGAGAGUUUGUCGAACACAUGCAGUCCACUGAGCACAAGCAGCGCAUGGAGCAGCUGUGGAAAGAGACUGGGAAAGACAGUUUGGAGGACCUGAGUUUAGAGGCUUAUGCAGUUGGAGCGGGCGAAGAAGGUGUGGACAGCGAUGAGGAGGAAAGGCCUGAUGAAGAAAAUGGUCAGGAAGGGCUGCCUGUGCAGAUGGAAAUUACGCUGGAGGACAUGACCGAGGAGGAGGAGUUUGACCCAGACACGGUAUAUGGUUCCAGCUUUGUGAUUCCCGUGGCUGGGUUUCUGUGCCGACUGUGUAACCAGUUUUAUCAUUUCGAGACAUCAGCACGACACACUCAUUGCAAGACGCUCCAGCACUUUCAGAGUAUGAAGAAAUACAAGGCCUUAAAGCUCCAGGAGGGCUCGACAGUAGAGUCAGUCUGUGGCAGUUCAGCGGACCAUCCCACCAAAAAUGCAGACCCCCAGGCCAGACAGGCUCCCAGUAGCUCCUCUUUAAGUGACCCUGCUAUCAGCAACAGUAGACUAGCUCCAGUGAGUUCCAGCGAACCAGCUACUACUCAUCAGGGAAGCAUUACCACCACCAGCAGCACAAGCAACAGCAACAGCAGCAGCAGACCGCCUUCCCCAAGCCAGCAGGCAGCGGCUGGACCACCCGGCCAGCCCGGAGACGUGGAGGAGGAGACGGUUACAGAGGAGCCGGAGGAAGAAGACGACGUUCCUAGCAGCGUGCCGGAGGAAAAGGCCACCAGAGGACGCGGCAGAUCAUCUGCGAAGAAAAGAGGGAGAGGAGGAAGAAGACGCUGAGGGAGUGUGGGCUCAGGAAUGGAAAGAGAGAGAGAGAAAGAGAAAUAGAGGACUGAGCUGCUACCUAGUGUGAGGGAGGGAGGGAACUUGAUUCGAUCUCCAUUUUACCCAACCCCUGCAGUGUACCUCUUCAGCUAAAACAGCAGAAAGCCAGGACAAUCCCGAUAGAGAGUAGGUCUUUCUUUCACUCAGCCUUUUUUUCUAAGUGUUUUCCCCACAAAACUAACCAUGUAGGUCAUAGUAAUCGUUUCUUCUUUCAGGCAGUGAAAGGUGGGACAAGGCGUAACAGUAACUUUUCAAAAGAAAGUUGCACAAAAAGAAAGUUUCCACUCUCGAUUCUGCACAAGCUUGUAGUGACUUAGAAUGUAGCAACUCUCAAACAAGCGUUUUUAAAUAAAAAAGGUGGUUUUGUAAGAA